AUGACCGCCCAAACUUUCGUCCCUGCUGUUAAAGUUCAAACAGAUAAAUGUCGUUACACUGAAGACGAAUUAAUCACUAAAUAUACUUAUAAGAACGUUCUUGUUGAUUCCAAUCAAGCCAAGACUUCGUUCGAUGUCAAGAUCCAAAAUGAAGAUUACGAGUUCAAGACUGAUUUGAAGAUCCCUAAGGUGGGGGUCAUGCUCGUAGGGAUGGGUGGUAACAACGGUACCACCUUCGUUGCCUCUGUUCUGGCCAACAAGAAGAAGUUGAAGUUCCGUACCAAGAACUUCAAAGGCUUGAAAGACGCCAACUAUUACGGGUCUGUCACUCAAGCGUCCACUGUCAAGUUGGGUGUUGAUUCCGAAACUUUGAAUGAUGUUUAUAUCCCAUUCAAUUCUUUGUUACCAAUGGUGAAUCCAAACGACUUUGUUGUUUCUGGUUGGGAUAUCCAAGAUUACAACUGUUACGACGCCAUGGUGGAAUCGCAAGUCUUGGAAUACGAUUUGAUCCAACAGUUGAAACCCGAAAUGUCUCAAAUCAAGCCUUUGAAAUCCAUCUAUUACCCAGAUUUCCUGGCCAUGAACCAAAUUGAAAGGGCAAACAAUUGUAUCAAUAGAAAGGAUAAUUCCUCCGAGGUCAUUGAUAUCAAGAAUAAGCAAAGUGAUCUUGACCAUAUUAGAAAUGAUAUAAAGACUUUUAAACAAGAAAACCAUCUAGACAAAGUCAUUGUUCUUUGGACUGCCUCCACUGAAAGAUAUGCGGACAUCAUCGAAGGUGUUAACGACACUGCUGAUAACUUGUUAAACUCCAUCAAGACUUCUCAUGAAGAAAUUGCUCCUUCCACCAUUUUCGCCGUUGCCUCGAUCUUGGAAGGUGCUAUUUAUAUCAAUGGUUCUCCACAAAAUACUCUUGUUCCAGGUGUAGUGGACUUAUCCAAGAGAGAAAAUACAAUCAUUGCUGGUGAUGAUUUCAAGACUGGUCAAACUAAAUUGAAGUCUGUCUUGGCUCAAUUUUUAAUCGAUGCUGGUAUUAAACCAUUAUCUGUUGCCUCCUAUAACCAUUUGGGUAACAACGAUGGUUACAAUUUAAGUGCUCCAAAACAAUUUAGAUCCAAAGAAAUCUCCAAAUCUUCAGUCAUUGAUGAUAUGAUUGAAUCUAAUGAAAUCUUAUACAAUGCCAAGACUGGGGCAGAAGUAGAUCAUUGUAUUGUUAUUAAAUACAUGCCUGCUGUCGGUGACAAUAAAGUUGCCAUGGAUGAAUAUUACAGUGAAUUGAUGCUUGGUGGUCAUAAUAGAAUCUCUGUUCAUAACGUUUGUGAAGAUUCCUUGUUGGCUACUCCAAUCAUGAUUGAUUUGAUGGUUAUGGUUGAAUUCAUUUCAAGAAUUUCUUACAAGAGAGUAAAUUCCAGAGAUGAUGAAGAAUUGGAAUACAGCACCUUUAAUUCCACUUUAUCCUUCUUAAGUUAUUGGCUAAAGGCUCCAAUGGUGAAGAAGGGUUUCCAACCAAUUAACGGGUUAAACAAACAACGUUUAGCUUUAGAAAAUUUCUUGAGAUUAUUGAUUGGUCUACCACCAAACGAUGAAUUAAGAUUUGAAGAAAGACUUUACUAG